AUGAAUCCUCAACCAAUUCAAAGACUUCAAAAUAUUAGAAUUACCGUAAAUUCAACUAACAACGCUAACGACAUUGACCAACGUUAUACAGAGUUGAUUGAAGGUGUAAAAACAUUUUCUGGAGAGCAAAGGGUGGUUAUGAUCAAUUUAGAUCAUUUUUAUAUGCAAACAAGCGAGGGCAAAUGGAUUAUUUAUAAAUAUGGGCAUGCACAUGCACUUUUCUGUGCGAUCAAAUUUGGUCAAAAUUUUAUCAUUCUAGCUGUUGUUAGAGCUAUAAUCGCUAACAAAGCUAUAAUAUCCAAGUAUUUUGUUCAACGACUUCUUUUACAUUUCGGAAAAUUCGAUAAAGACCUUGUUGCAUUAAAAAUGGAAUACAAUAACAAUUCUGGACGUGCAAAUAAUAAUUCAUUUCAACAAAAUAUACCUUGGGCCAAUGACUUGGGAAUCACUGUUUGUUUAUAUAUAUUGAGGGUGGCCGCAGAACAAUUUGAUAUUAAUGGAUUUGUCAUGCAAGGUGCUAUUAUUAUGCUUUUUUCUCCAGCAUCUACAACUAACUGGGCACCACCAAAACCUGAGGAAGCAUUUUUACAAAUAUUGAAUGAAUCACUGGAAGAAUUUUUACAUAAAUGUUUAAUUGAAUUAUUUCAAACAUUUCGAUUGGACAAAAGGCUAAAAAAGACUGAUGUUCUAGAUUUCCUGUAUUCAUUGAUUGACAAAGAUCAUGAAAAAGUUUUUUUUAAAGCCAUGAACUUUGAUCUUGAAAAUAGAUCGGAUGAUAAUAAUAACACAGAUGCUGAAAUUACGGAUUUGUGUUUUAAAGACAUUUUGAUGAAAAGAGUUAAUGUUGAUGUUUUAGUUCAACAACGUAAUAAACGAAAGUAUAUUUUAAGUGAACAACUUGAACAUAAUAAUUUCAAAGAAAUAAACGAUGCAUUUAAAUACUAUUUUGAUACUAUAAAGUUCUUUAAACCAUCACACUUGAAAAUUAUCAAACAAGCUACUCAUGUCGAUAUAAUUGUUGGAUUAAGACAAUAUUUGACUGAAUUAUUUAUGCAACAAUCGCGAGUUUCUGCCAAUUAUUCAGAUAACAUGGACAUUGACAAUAUUUCAACAUUUACUCAAAAACGAAAGCGGUAUGAUCUAGAGUUGAAUGAUUGGUAUAAUGAAAUUAUAAAAUUACAUGAUGAUUUAAAUAGUUUUUCAAUGUCGGGUGAAUUCAGUGAAUUUUUAAAGAACAUUUUGGAAUUAAUUAAUGGCUCGAACUUUGCUUUAAGUCGUGAUUUGGACGAAAUUGAUAAUCAGAGAGAAUCCAAAAG